CUGUCUUCGUAAGCGCCAGCACUAGUAAAGAGUCUGAUAAUUUUUUGCUCCUUGUGUGAAUAAUUUUGCAAAUAAAUUUAAUAAAAUGACUAACGCCUGGAGAGCAGCUGGAAUUACCUACAUUCAAUAUUCGAACAUUGCGGCCCGUGUUCUGCGUGAAGCCCUGCGUACCGAUCUCCGCGCCGCCGCCGCAAAGCGUGAUGAGAGCCAUGUGAAGUUUACACCAUGGGCUAACGGAAAACCAGCACAUGAGAAAUAGAUAUCUUUAGCAGCAAAACUGUUGUAGCAAGGUCGCGCCAAGCGGAAUCUGCCUAAAUGCUCCAAAAAUAACUGGGGGACCAUGAAGCUGCGAAUAGCAUUAUUUUGGGAUGUUUCCAUAAUUAAAAUAUGCUUAAUUGAGAAUUAAAUAUCGAAAAACAUUCAAAAAACAA